UAUAAAACUCGCUGGUGUUAGCUCGUUUGAUUUUAGUUAUGUUUUGAAGCUACAAUAGCACGCAUCAUGAAUGUAUUCGUAUUGCUUGGAGCAGUUCCCGAAGAUGGAAUUCCUACACCCCCAAAGGGUCCAGAAGAUCAACAAGUAAUAAAUGAUACAAUCACAAAAUACGGACGUCCUCAAAACUACAAAGCGCUUGGACUUCCAGGACCUGAAUUAGUAACUGCCUGGAACACACGUACAAUUUUUAACGAACGAGGGGGAGAAUCAGGGGUGUAUACCCUCAAAGUCAGGACCAAAACCGAAAACUUCAGUUACAACGGCCUUUACGAAGUUAGUACAUUGAAGGUGAUGGAAGGUAGAGAAAGCAUGAUAACAAAAGGCCAGUUUGGCGAGCAUUUUGAAAGAAAGAGUGGGGGGUAUUACAUUCGUAUCAUUGGUUACACCUUAGACAAAAAAGGUUAUCGACAAUUUUUAAUUAACCUAUUUACUGCCAGAACUGACAACGAAAUAGUAGAACUACCUAUUAUCCGCACCAGCGUGCGCCCUAAAAGUACCACUCCAGGUCCACGUGGAACCGGAACAAUUCCGACAGAUGCACUCUUAUCUUUGGUUGGAUAAGGUGACCGCGUUACAU